GUUUCCUUUAUUUUUUUCCUGACGCUAAUGAAGUCAAGGCGGAGUAUCGUUUAUGCCCUGGGAAAUUAAUAUGAUUGACAGAGAAUUCUGACCAAUGGUAAUAAAAAAAACUCGGUAGUUGUCCUAUAGGUUUUAUGGGUAAAAAGGGGAGGGUACUCUUUUUUUUUUUUUUAAAUAAACAAACCGCUCUCCUACUGCUGUCAUUUCAGUCCGCGGAGCUAUAGUUGGAGGUUGCCUGUAGGGUUAGGGUUUUAUGCAUUAAAAGCGUUAUUUUUUUUUUGAGAAAGCAAAUUUGGCUUGUUUUAGAAUUAUUUUCUUCAUUUUUCAAAAUAGAUAUUUGUAGAAUAUUUUUUUACCUCCGUGAAUAUUACCACUGUUGUUGUUCAAAUAUAUGAAUAUUUUAUAUGAAUCUGUAUAUGUGUGAACAUAUACAUACAUAGAUAGUAACAUCGUUGAUGAGAAAUUUUGACCAAUAUUAUCUGUAACCUGAAUAUGUAUAUGGAUAAGUUAUAUAUAUAUCAAUAUAUUUAACUGCCGAUCAGUAUAUUUAAGCUCUUAUUUUUCCUUAACGUUAUUAAAAUCAAGACCGUUAAAUAUACGUGUUUUUUUAUACUUGUGAUCUUACUCGUGAAACAGGAUUUCAAAUUCAAUUGGCACUGAAGCUCUCAGACGUCAGUUUUAUUUUGUUUUUCAUUUUGCUUCCUCUUCGCUUAUCACAAGUUUGACGAUUAGCUUUUUUUGUUUUGUUUUGGUUUUUUUAUAUAUCAACACAAAAGAGGAAGAAAAGAAAAACCAUCGAUCAUAUAGUCCAAACAGUCGAGGAAACGUGCUGCUGUUUUUUUCCUUCCAUUAUUUAUUUAUUUUUUUAAACAAUUUUGACCCUUUUUUUGCUGGCUUUAUUGUUGAAAAUGGCGGCGAUUGAAAUGGUGCAGAUGUUACUGGAGGCUGCCGACUACCUGGAAAGAAGAGAGAGAGAAGCAGAACAUGGUUACGCCUCCAUGUUGCCCUACAAUAGCAGCAGCGGCGGCAAAGAGAGAGACAGUGCCAAACGAAGAAAUAAAGCCAAGAAAAAUUCAAGCAGCAGGUCAACACACAAUGAAAUGGAAAAAAAUAGGCGUGCCCAUUUACGAUUAUGCUUGGAAAGACUGAAAUCACUGGUGCCACUCGGACCAGAUUCCAAUCGACAUACCACUCUCAGUUUGCUGAUGAAAGCAAAAGUGCACAUUAAGAAAUUAGAAGAAAGUGAUAAACGAGCACAGCACCAGAUAGACCAGCUCCAAAGAGAACAGCGGCACUUAAGGCGGAGAUUGGAGCAGCUCGGGGUAGAUCGGGUACGAAUGGAUAGCAUGGGUUCAGCUGUCUCCUCUGAAAAGUCUGACUCGGAUCAAGAGGAGAUUGAUGUGGAUGUAGACGUGGAAAGCACAGACUACCUGAUGGGUGAUCUGGAGUGGAGCAAUAGCAGCAUUAGUGACUCAGACGAGCGAGGCAGCCUCCGGAGUAGCUGUAGUGAUGAGGGUUAUUCCAGUGCCAGCCUCAAGAGACUCAAACUUCAACAGCACUCCAUGGCCCUCAAGACCCUGGGCUGUAGCCUAUAAUAGGGAAAGGGGGAAAAAUGGCCACCAGUCACCUUCAUCCACUCAGAUCUGUCCCCCUUCCCCUACCUCCCAGGAUACGGUGGCUUCAGGAAAUGUGUCAUUCAAAUGACAAUUGCUGAAGUGGACCAUCUUCUGCUGGUUCCGAUAGACAGCUGGCCAUGUGCCUGCCUAUCACUUUUUCUUCUUUGUGCAACUUUUUGUUUUUAAAGAAUAGAGAAGGUUGCAGCUUUUAUCAUUCUCCUAUCCCCUUGGCUGACAUAAAAUACCACCAAUGUAUAUUGUUCAUUACUUUUCAUUUUUGUUUCACUCACUUUCUUUGACCCUUUCUCUUAUCAUUAUGUUUCAUGUGCUUUAUUUGAUUAAAACUUUAUUAGUGUGCUGGAAUGAAAAGCACCAGGAAGGGAAAAAAAUUCAAGCAGUCCUAAACUCUCUUUGAAGAUAGAUCUUGCAGUUUGUUUGCUGCUAACUAGUCAAGCCAAUCUCUUUUUUUGUUCCCCCUCACUUAAAGACAUUAAGUAUUUUGAAUUUUAUUUUAAAAAAUAAUUUCCUAUGAAAACCAGGGUGAGGGUUGGAUGUAAAUGACAAAGCAUUUGAACACAUUCCAUAAAGAAACACUUUUAGAAGCACUUAAAGCCUUAUUUAGACAAACUUAUUAAUCUACCCUGGGGGCUGUAGGUGUUGAAGAGAGAAGCAGCUGUAAUGAAAUGUAACACCAUUUCUGUCCUUCAGCAUACAACCCUCCAACACUCAGGUGCACUUCACUGCAUUAUUUAUUAUUUCAGCAAAAUGUAGCAUUUUUGUUAUUUUUAAGGUGUGUGCGCGAGCGUGCGUGUGUGUCUGUUUAAAGAAAAAAAAAUUAUAUAUUUAUAUAUAUAUAAAUAUAUAGGGUGGUCUUAUUACCAGUAUAUGUUAAGUCUUUAAAAAAUAAAAUGUUCAGUUAGAUUACACUUGUAUUACAGUUUGUUUUUUAGUGUUCUAAUAAACCAAGUUUAUAGAUUAUAUAAAAAUAAUUUUUCUUUGUAUCUUUUAAUGAGUUGAACUUAUUGAAACCUUUGUCAAUGCUGAGGAGUUUAAUGAAGAAAGGGAUGCCGGUGUUUAAUGUUGCCCAGGAGAGAAAGAAGGCUUUGUAAAAAGUAUUAAAAUAUUCUUAAAAUGACAGGGCAUAUUUUUUGGGUAUGAUGGAGAACAGCUAUUUGUGUGUGAAGUGCUGUUAUUAUAUUUGCUUAAAUAUAUUUGUACCAUACACAUAUGUAAAUGAAUGAAUACUAUGUGUCUGUGUUUUAAUUUUUUUUCUUGAUGGGCAGCAUAGUGUUGUUGUGAUUUUUAGUGCUGGUGCCUCACAGCUCUAGAAACACAGGUUCACAUUCUGGCCUGGUCACUGUCUGUGUGGAGUUUGCAUGUUCACCCCCUGCCUGCAUGGUUUCUUCCCACAUCCCAAAGAUAUGCUUAUUAAGUUACUUUAGCAGUUGUAAAUUGGCACUGUACAAGAGAGGAUGAGUGCUGUCUGUAUACAUGUGCCAUCCACAAUUGUCUCCUUUCCUUGCAUCUGUUGGUUGGUGCUGGGAUAGGCUUAGAAAAUAGAUUUCAAUUAUUAACAAAAACAUAAUUUUAAAUUUUUGAGCUCUUAUGCAAUUAGUUUGCCAUUGACAAGUUUAACAAGGUGCUAAGUUAGGGUUCACUUACCCUAUUUACUGCAUUCGGUCCAGUUGCCAAAAGCAACAAAGGGCAGACUGCACAAUUGUCAGCAGACAUUACAUCUAUUGAAUAAAUGUAGAAAAAAAACGUGAUUAGUAAGUGCUUUUCAAGGCACAACUUCAUGUUGCCAUGCUCUCAAUAGUGUUGGAAUUGCCUAUUGCUGUCCACUACCCCACAGUGGAUUAGACAGGUUUGGAUAAUCAAUUUUAUGUAUACUUUUAAAUUUAGCUUGCAUUAGGUUAGGACAAACAAUGAGAUAUUAACAAGUCUUAGCUCACUUAAAAGCACACAAAGACAUUAUGCAAGAAGGUGUGCAUCAGAGAAGUAAACUGUGGUCUCAGUUCUGCAAAGAGAAAUUUAAAAAUUAAAUGUGAAUUCCAGAGAGAGAAUUAAAUAUUUAAAACAAACUGCAGCUGAUUAAGCUGGCCCUAACUCUAACAGAUAGAAAAACAAAAACACUUUGUGUACUAAAGCUUUCCCCUUCCUUUUGCAUCCUUACUCAGUGCAGCCAGUGUCAUUCUAAGACUUGUCAUCUUAAUCCUUUUAAGGGUCCACUUGAAUUUAGUUUUACUGCUUUACUUUGUCAAUGAGCUAAGUAUCACAAACGUAUACGAAUUUAACCUCUCAAGAUUUCUCUACAAUUUUUUUAGCCAUCUUUUUGCAAAGUUUCCCCAUUUCAUUCAGGCUAAGAAACACUAGUUUCUUUAAAUCCCAAGAUAUGUUUGUCUUCCUGACUUGCAUGCACUGCAAAUACUUCUUAUAGAUGAGUUUUAGACUUUAUAGGGGGUUGGGGGAGUUUUAUGUGUUUUUUGUUUAUUUUAAAAUAUAGCACAGGCCUGGAUGAUCUACAAGAGUAAAGAUCAAAUGAGGGAUAAAUUUUGAUGAGACUAUUUGCCUAAAAGAGUAUCCAGAUUGGUUGAGUGUUUAAAUAUGAUUUCCCCAUCUUUUAGUGCUGCUAUUAAUAUGUUCAAAAAUAAUACAAAGAUGGGUUCUUGGUGUGUUCCCCUGGCUUGGGUCAGUGCAUCCUGGCGCAUUUGCACUUUGCUUCAUGUCUCUUUCACUUUAGAGAUAUGUCUGUUUUUACUUGUUAUUGCGAGAUCUAUCUUCAGAGAGAUAAGCAAGGAAAGGGGUCUCUAAAUUGAGGGACUUUAACAUAGUCUGUGGAAGCUAUUUCUGUGCUGUGUGUUUGUAUGGUGGGUGGGCAGAGAAGGGGUUUAUUAAGUUUAAAAUACAUAUUCUAGAACUUUUUUGCUUGUCUUACUGGAAUCAGUUGGACAGGAGGUCUGGCUUCACCUUGUUUCUAGCCAUAAAUUCAGGUCCCGGCCAGAGACUCCUAAAAGCUUUCACUGAAGGAAGCACUUGCUGGCAUGUGUGGGAAAACAAAAUAAGAGCCUCUUCCUGAUGACCCCUUUCUGCUUUUGACACCUGUGCAGCUGUUAUGAACAUUAUAAACAGCAAGAUGCCUUUAGUAGGCUUGCUUCUUUACUUUGAUCUAAUAGUAAAUGUUUCACUGUUUUUUGAACAAAUACAAUCUCUUUGUAGCUACACACACUUCUGUCCUUUGAGGUUAGUAGCUAGAAGCAAAAGUUUAGUAGUAAUAUUUUUUUUGGUUAAUUGCAAUGCUACCUCAUGCAUAUACAACAUAUUUUUUUCCAGAAGUUACUAAACAUUCAAAUCAUAUAUAGAGUAAAUAUUUUUGUUAUGAGACUUGAGUUUACUUUUUGUUUUUGUUUUGAUUACCCAGCUCAUGAUUUUAGACUCCAGUCUGGUGAAUUGAGAUAAGUCUUUUCUGGCCCUUUUGAUCACUUUUCUAUUUUAUACCCCUUGGACCUUAAGUCUAAUGUGACAGAGUGGUUAUGGUGUGCAGUAGACUCUCUUGCCUUGUCACUUCCUUGGCACUCAGAUUUCCAAAAACAAUGCCAAGCCUUCACUUUGAUGGCUACCACUUGUAUAUCAACUUUUUGACCAGUCUUCUUCUGGCACAUGGCACUUGCCGUACUGUUCAAUAUGAAUGAGACUGUCAUAUAGCUUCAUCAUUUAUUUCUGGCUUCCAUUAUACAUAUGCAUAAUCAAGCUUACUGAUGUUUAGUAACUGACCAUUUUUUAAAAUUUUCUUUUUGGUUCACACGUCUUAUGCCGAUUUACUGUUGAGUUACAAAUAUCAAGCAGCAGAUUGGCCCAACAACAGUAAUCCUGCUUGAGUUAAACAUAGUCUUUGAAACCUGAAUUGCUGUGGCACUUGGAUUUUGAAAAGGUGAAAGAUACUACUGCAUGUGAAUUCUUGGACACAGAUCUACAUUUGAUAUCAAAUAUGCAUUAUGAAAUAGGCAUUAACCUAAAUGUUGGAUUUAUUCACACACCCCUCAGUAUGUUGUGUAUUUUUAGUCUCAGAUGAAGAGUCUCAGGAAAAUUUUGCUCAUUUUCCUCCCAUUUAUUUCCUUUUUGUUGCUGUGCCUUUCUUUUUAUGCCUGAAUGUUCAAUGUUUGAGCUCUGCCAUCUUCAGAAAAUGUAUCCAUUAAAGAAAAUGAUGAUGCAACUUUUGCAACUUUUUCACCAAUCGAGCUUAAAUGUCUCUGGAAACAGUACUUAUAAAGCAAAGUUCGUUCUUUUUAAUUUCCUUAAACUUGAAUAUUGAUGAACUGUUGUGCAUCUGAGAUUCACCUUAAUAUACACAUAUUGUACAAUUCCCAGGAAGAAAAAACUUGUUUAUUUGAAUCUACCCAAGUUAAUAUCGGGGGAAAAAAUUGUUCUUAAAAUACUGUAUUGUUGUCAUCAAAUUGUGUCAUGGGCUUUAUGUUUAUUUUAUAUGUGUAUUUAUAUUGAACUAGACAUAAUUAUUGCCUUUAUAAAAGAAAGGCACUCUCAAAACAGUGCUGCUUAUAAUAUUCUUGGUAAAGAUGCAUUCAUAUUUGUUGGAAAUUAACUAUUUUGAAUAUGGAGUUUAGUGGAGCCUUUUUAUUUAUUUAUUUGUAAUAUUAGAGUUUAUUUCUGUGAACUCCAUCCUUGGCAUUGCAUGCUCAAAAGCUUCUUUUUCUUGGUGCCCAUGAACAUGGCCUGUGUUACAAUCUUUGUUUUUAGUCUUCUGCAAAUGGGAAAGCAUCCCAGGUUGUUAAAUAUUAUGGAUUGGACAAAUUUCAAAGAGAAUAUUUUUAGUGUCCUGUCCCUGCUCACCAGGUGUGGUGAAUCAUGAGCUUGUCCAAGCUGCCAUGAACAGCCCCUGCUGCCAACUCUCCAUGCCUUUAAAAAUGGGGGAAAACGUCCUUUAGGAAGUCAGUGUGAAUUGCAGUAGACUAAAACAAUUAUCUUAAGGUUUUGUUCCACUAACCUCGCAAGAAGUUGUAUGCGAGAGGCUGAUGUGUCAAAGGAUAAAAAGCCUGCAUAUCAUUAGGGCUUGCACAGAAUUAGGACCAUCCAUGGAUAAGGCACUUGAUACUAUAUCGUCCCAGAACCCCUGAUUCAAUGGUCCUACUUGCCUAGAAUUCCUGCAAGCAUUCUGUUUGAAAUCAACAGAGCAGCUAAGUCCAUUAGGUCUUCUAUGAAGUGCAAUUUUUUUCUUGCUGUCUCUAUUCUCUCUCUGUCUCUCUCCUUUCAAAUGAAAGCAAUAAAGGUUAAGGUUUCAUUUAUGUUCUCUUGUUCAGCAUUAUACCCUUUCCAGUACUGAUAAUGGAUUAAUCUUUUGCAAAUGAGAAUAAGAAUAGAUUGCUGUUCCUGUCUGAAGAUAGAAUGUAAAAAAGGCCUUUCCUUAACUGGAUCUACCAUUCCAUGUACUUUUUUUCUAAGAGGGGUGUUAUGGAUUUGGAUCAUUUUUAAAAGAUAAAAACCCCUGGUUGGGUCAAGCAUACCUUAAAUUAAAAAUCAUAAUUUGUGUCUCCCCUUUCCCUACCCUAACUUUCCUCAAGCUGACAUUCCUAGGCUAGAAUUUUGUUUCAAGGCCUUGACCUACACAUCCCAUUGAUUUAAAGUUUGGAAUGAUGUAAUAAUGGCGGCACGGUGGCGCAGUGGGUAGCGCUGCUGCCUCGCAGUUGGGAGACCUGGGGACCUGGGUUCACUUCCCGGGUCCUCCCUGCGUGGAGUUUGCAUGUUCUCCCCGUGUCUGCGUGGGUUUCCUCCGGGUGCUCCGGUUUCCUCCCACAGUCCAAAGACAUGCAAGUUAGGUGGAUUGGCGAUUCUAAAUUGGCCCUAGUGUGUGCUUGGUGUGUGGGUGUGUUUGUUUGUGUCCUGCGGUGGGUUGGCACCCUGCCUGGGAUUGGUUCCUGCCUUGUGCCCUGUGUUGGCUGGGAUUGGCUCCAGCAGACCCCCAUGACCCUGUGUUCGGAUUCAGCGGGUUGGAAAAUGGAUGGAUGGAUGAUGUAAUAACACCCCACAUUUCCACUUUUGUCCUGUGAAAAAUUUAACAGAGUGGGUUUAAUCUGUUCUGAGGGUUGGAGACUGGCAAAUUGUUAAUUGAUUUAAUUCAUAUCAAGCUUCCCUGUAUUGGACAGAUUAUAAAUGAAGCCCACAGAACUUAUACAUUAUUGGAUUAUUCCUCCAUUAGUCUGCCAAGAAAUACAAAUCACCCAACUGGUUAACAUGGAUUCCUACUGAUGGAACACACACAUCUUUGUAGAGGUUGAGCUUAUUCUAGAAUAGCCACCUUGAUUUGUGUUUUAGUUAUUUGGCACUUCCAAUGGUUUUGUGCAUUCAGUUCUGACAAAUCUGAUAGCCAGUCCCACCACAAAUCUUUACCUUGACUCACAAUGCUCCAUUACACGGGAGGAUAUGUCUUCUAACAUUUUGUGCUGCUGGAAGCCAAUUUUGGCUAAUGGUGUCUCAGGAGAGCUCAUUGAAGCCUGCAUCAUUUUAUUUAUAUAUAACAAAAACAUACACACACACACACAAAUACUAUUUUUUACAAAAUUGGCCAUUCCAGUGAUGGGGACCCAAUAUGAAACUUGCAUAGCGUUUCACAACAUUUAUUUUAGUUGCAAGUCCAUCUGCUUGUAUGCUAUAGCCACGAAAAGUUAAACCAAUAAUAAAUGCGAGUGGCCUCUAAAUAACGACCCUGAAUGUAUAUUUCUUAUCCUCGGAGACUGACUAUAAUUACACAUGCUCUGUGAUGCUGUCAGACUGACUUGGCGUAAGGACUGUUUAAAAAAAAACCCAUUCUGUUUUGGCGAACUGCACUAUAUCUUUUGGUUUUUUUUCCCCCUCCCCAAUCAGGUAUCAUCAUUUCUCGUCUCUGGAAUAAACCCAGUAUUACACUACCUGGAAUGAAAACUGGAAGUAGACAUAAUUUAAUGUGGUUUUAAUUCGUUUCUGCAUCUUUCCAAUGAGGAAUAAAAUAUGUUUGUGGAUAUUUUUUUCCUUGUUUCAUCUUUCAUUGUAUUUCAAAUUGCAGUGAUUCAUUAGAACUCCUAAUGAGUGCAUUUGUGGUGUCAGUUAUUCACUAAUUCUAUAUAUUUUAUAUAUACAGUAGUAGUUUCCUCCUUAUUAACAGCCUCUUGUACAACUCGCCACAUGUUUGAUACUUGAUUGCAGGAAAUAAGUUUCUGCUUUUCAUUAAUUUGUAUGAAAAGAUGCAUUGUGAAUGUCUUGAUGGGUUUUAGAAGACAAGUGGUUACUGUAGAAAAAAACAAAAAAAAAAACGAAGUGCUUAGAAGAGAGCUUUGUGACAAUCUGUGUUCGUUUACCUGCGAAACAAGGUGAUCUUCCAAUUGAACAAGGACACAGGUUUGGCUCUGGUGGUGGUGAGGGGUGAUUUUUCUUAGAGAGCUUUAGGAUUUUGUAAACCCCUUAUACCACCACAAUCACCACCAACUUGCUCUGUACCCCAUUUUACAAUGGUGCUCUAAAUGUAACAGCAGCACAUUCAUACUUAGAAUAUUACUACGUGUUUUAGACUACCCAUUACUGUGGAUAUGUAAAGUUCUGUAUUGUUCAACUGUUGUAUAAAAUAAAAUUUAUUUCAUUACUAAUUA